UCGAUAGCAGUAAAUUCCGGAGGCGUAUUUUUUCACUCUGCCGUGAAAUUCCAAUUGAUUAUCAUCUAAAACCUUGGUUUAAAUGUAUAAUAGACUACUGCUAGGUUUAGUGAUAGUGGUUUCCCUACAGGUCGUUUGUUCCCAAGCACAAUCUUACGAGGACAAACGAUGUAAGUGUAUCUGUCCGAGUAUCAAAUCGGUCAACAACAAUACUGAGGAUGACUCGGACCGGAUGUUGAUCAUCGACAAUGUGCCACCGAACAAGUGCAACUGCGAUGGAGUCAUUCUUCCGCGGAUCGCCGACAAGAUCAAGGGAAAGGAGCAGGAGUUUUGUCCCCGAUGCGACUGCAAGUACGAGAACCGAAACACGACGAUCAUCAAGGUGGUCGUAAUCAUCGUGAUCUGGAUCAUUUCCCUGCUGGUGAUUUACAUGUUGUUCCUGAUGUGCCUGGACCCGCUACUGAACAAACGCGUCAAAGCAAACUACCAGGAGCACACCAAUGAAGAUGAUGACACUUCGGUCGCCGUAGGUAAUCACAGCCAAGACAUGCAGGUGCGGGAUGGAAAUGUCCUCAACCGAGUUGGGCACUCGCAGGACAAAUGGAAACGACAGGUGCGAGAGCAGCGCCGUAAUAUCUACGAUCGGCAUACGAUGCUCAACUAGAGAUUGCUCGAAUAGAGGAGGCAGGAAGCAGCAUCACCAAUAUUUAACUUAAUUCAUUAUCAUAUUGUACUGAGCAUGUUUGUUGGAAGAAAAGACUCGGCUAAAUGCAACUAAAUUAAU